AUGGUAUCCAGUGGCAGUGUCAUAGCUGGUGUAAGCGCUAUACUGUACCGAGGCCCCGACUCAGAGCAGGAGAAGAAGGAGUGUAUGUCUACUGCCGACGACGAUAUUGGCUACCUGGUGUACAGCAACGUUGCGAAGCUGAUGAUAGUACUCCUCGUACUUGGAGUAGUCUGGUACGGGUUCAUGGAAACCACUAGUUUCGAUGAAUUCGCUGCGAACCUUAACGUGUCCAUCUUACAGUUUAUCACGUUUUAUAGGUAUAGGAAUAUGGUUUGGGCCUCCGGUGACCUCACAGCGAAACAUAACGCUUUAGUUGUUUUCAUUUUCGGCGAGGCGGAUGAAAGGUACACUAAAACUAAAACUCCUCUGAAUUUUAGGUUCAUCUUCCCACUAGUGGAUGAUAUCGAGUACAACCUCAUAGUGGGGGUUUACUUGCCUUUCUUCUACAAGUCACCUUCUAUGUACCCUCUGGCAUACAUGCUCUCCGUGUUAUUCUUCAUCUACAUCUCCCACUUUGUAAUGGUGACUGACCUGAAGAUGCAGACCCAUCUCAUACACCUACUGUGUCAGUUCGCAGUAUUGGGUGACUGCUUUGAAAAUAUGAUCCCUGACUGCAUGGCAGGUUUUGAAGGGGUGCCGAGAAACCAGUUAAUGUAUAACAAUCAAUUUGCUGCAAGAUACACGGAGAGAUUAGGCAACUUAGUAAAACAGCAUAAAGCACUUCUAGGUCACGCGAUGAACCUCCGAGACACGCUAAGUGGGCCGUUGUUGGGACAGCUGGCAGCCAGUGGUGUGCUCAUUUGCUUCAUUGGAUAUCAGGCCACUGCGACCAUAGGGCAAAGCGUUGUUGAAUGUAUGACGAGUUUCCUGUUCCUGGCUUACAAUCUGUUCGACUUCUACAUGAUAUGUCGCUGGUGCCAGGAGAUUACUAAUCAGAGUGCUAACGUCGGUGAAGCCAUAUACUGCUCAGGGUGGGAGUGCGGAGUCUCCAAGCUGCCCGGAGUGCGGUCUACCAUCAUGUUCGUGAUAGCGAGGGCCAACAAACCCCUCGUACUCACUGCGGGAGGGAUGUACGACCUCUCCCUCACAUCUUAUACAAGUCUCGUGAAGACUUCUUACAGUGCUUUGACGGUGUUGCUUCGAUUCCGAAAUUAA